AUGUCUGCAAUGGGUGCUGUAUCGCCCUAUGGGCAGAUGGUCCGGAGCGUAGCCCGGUCCCAUCUGUUUUACGCUGCCCGACGAAACUUCGCCUCCACUACUGUUUGCGAAGCACAAAACGACAAUGGCAAUGCGAACUCCAACAAGAAGAAGUCAGGCUUUCUUUCAUCCGUGAAGGAUUGGGUUCUUGGUGAAUCGAAGCCCAAAGCCGCUUUUACGCCAAUGGCUCCGAAGCGCGAGGAAGGAGGUCUGGGCGCGAGCUCCAUUUUCGCCGACGACGUGGGUCAAACAUCUGGCCCCAAACCCAGCAAGCAGAAGAAGCAGCUCCAAGAACAGCAACCAGGACAAGAGGAAGAGGCCUUACCCUUGGAAAUGCGUGACAAGAAUCGCAUGCAGCUCGCUCUCAACCCUAAUCCACAGGCUCAGAUGCGAUGGGAGAAGAAGAUGAUCACAUCACAAAUCCGCAAGCGGGGCCGUGUUUCGAAAGAGGUUCAGAUCAAGCGGACGGAGCGCGAAUCCUUGUCCAAGUCACACUGGUUCAAGACGUCGGUGAAGAAGCUGGGUCCUUUGGCCAGACAGAUUGCGGGUAAGCCUCUCGACGAGGCGAUCUUACAGAUGCGUUUCAGCAAGAAGAAGGCUGCCAAGGAUGUCCUCGGACACCUGGAGCACGCCAAGAACGUUGCCACGGUCCGUGCCGGCAUGGGCCUAGGACUUCCUACGGGCACUUCUGCCGAGCCUGUCACCGUUACGCUCAAGUCAGGCGAGCGCAAGAAGAUCACCGAUCCUACGUCUAUCUAUGUCCAGCAAGCUUGGGUCAACCGAGGACCCUAUGGAUUUGGUAUGGAUCACCGUGCUCGUGGUCAAAUUAAUCGUCUUCGUCCUCCUACGGCUGGUCUGUCACUCGUGCUCAAGGAGGAGAAGACUCGCAUUCGAGAAUGGCAGCAGCGUGAGGCGGACGCUCUCCGCAAGCGUAAGGCUCAGCUUUGGACCCAAUUGCCAGACCGCAAGAUCUCUGCCCAGAAUCAGUACUACAGUUGGUGA